UACCUCUUUGGAAAUACAUGUUACUUCAGAAGGUAAAGAUUAAGUGAGAGCUGUGGUGUUCCUUGGUCAUCAUGCCUACUGAGGAGGAGGAGAACUCUGGGCAACCUGUGUGGCAAUCCGUCCUGCUGUUUAGUUGUAAGGGAAUGAUCGAGGGAAUCAUUGUCCUCUUGUUUCUCUGGCUGCUGAUGCAGGUGCUCUUCACAAAACAGCAUGAAGUCCACUUGCAGAUUCUGCUGAGUGUGGGUUUGGUGGUCCUGUGUUUUUCCCUUAUCUUGGGCUGCAUCAUUUGUUGGUUAAAGACCAGACACAAACCACCCGAAGACAAAAACCCUCCUCCUGAUUCUGUGGAUCAUGUGACUGUGGCUUUGAGUCCUGCCCCUUUAUCUGGAACCACAUUUACCAAAUUGCAGUGUGAGGAGCUGGAAGGAUCCAUUCAAGACUAUCCAUCUGCUUUCGAGAGCUCUACACCAUCAGAUGAAGAGUUGACUGCUGUCUCUGAGGUUAACAAGUCAUGCUUCCAAAUGAGACGACUCAGUUCACCAUCAGUCUCCUCUUCUCUAUUCAAGCCCAUGGCCAGUGGCCGCUCCUCUCUCCCCUCUUUCCCAAGACUUGGUCUUCUCACAAAGACCCGGAAGGUUCUGGAACAUCACUGCACUGUGGCUGGAGAUAGUUACUCGUUUAGUGAACACAGAAGGCUCACUAUUCCCAACCCACGAUCACCCUGUGCCCUUUCUCCACUUCAAACCCAAGGUCUUCUACAGGACGAACCUUUAAUUCCUAACUAUGGUUCAAAUUCUUGCAGUGAGACCUCAGAUCCCUUCUUGCACUUUACCCUGACCUUCUCUUCAACACAGAACACACUCACUGUAUCAAUAGUGGGUAUAACCGGUGCAGUCCAUUGUCUAGAAGAAGUGACUGUCCAGGCCAAGCUGCCCCCACUUUGCCCUGGACCUCUGGAUAUAACUGCCCAGGAUUACAACCUAAGCUCUGGACUCUAUAAAAAGAACUUGGUGAUCAAUGUUGGAUCUCUAGAGGGGCUUAAGGGCUGCAUGCUCAGACUGGCUAUCUUCAUGCAGGACAAUCAAAAGACAUCCCUAUUUGAGGAGCUGGAAGUUUGCUGUGGUAGUCUGGACUGGACACCAGACAGGCCUGUAAGCUGCAUUAGAGAACUAAGGCAAGUCGUGGACAAGUCCAAGAAGGACACUUCAUAGCUCUUGCUACGAGACUAUACUGUCUUAAACACGAACCCAAACAUU